AAUAGCUUUUAGGCAUUCACCUAAAUUUGCUUACUUUUUUGUCACGCGCAAACAUAUGCAUCGCCGCAGGAUUCUUCUCUCGCGUCUGUCUUCAAACGCCCGUGAUAUUUUGUAUCUACUGACAAAUCAAUACAAUAUACAAGAAAGCUAAUCAACUAUAUUGCUGACCGUGUGCAACGGAAAUCUUUUUUACAUCCAGUUUGUUAUUUCAAGAGAACAUUCCGCUGCGCUCGUUGACUUGUAUACAGGUCGCGAAAGCGUAGCACGCACAAUCGAACAUAAGAAAACAGUCGUUCUUCUUGGCAGCGAUAUGACGAAUUUCACAACACUUCUAACAUUGGGGAUAACCUUUGCUACAGUUCUUGUGCAUUCCACGGUUUAUGGAGGUGGAAAAGAGCGGAAAAUUAAUUUAACUAAGAAAGAACGUUGUUGGCGGACUUGUCCUUCCGGUCGAGAAUGCCAGAUUCAGUCAGACGGCACUGAGGUGUGUGUCUGUGCGUCUCAAUGUAAAAAGAGACACAAACCAGUGUGUGGGACAGACGGACACUUGUAUAUCAACCACUGCGAGUUGCACAGGGCCGCCUGCGUUACUGGCAAGAAAAUCAGAGUGGACUGGGGUUUGAAGUGUCUAAAGAAACAAGUUAAAUCAAACGAUUGUCCCGAAGAGAACUUAUUGAAAAUGAAACAGCUGAUUUUAGCAACCUUCCAAAAGGAACUACACAAGGAAGUGACCUCAAAAAUCCUGAUUGACGAGUUGUUCUUCAGGUAUAACAGGGACGGCGAUCACAGCAUCAGCAGUUUCGAGCUCAAAAGCCUGGUUAUUGAUUACUUCAUGUACAGCAACAUCAAAGAACUCGCAGACAAAUGUCAUCCGACACAGUGGUUAAACACUGCUGAUAAAGACUUCGAUGGAUUCCUUUCCAAAGACGAAUUUUCACAGAGUCUUGCGAGCAAACCAGAAGUUAGCAUUCUACAAAAUGAUGCGCAGCCCAUGUCUGGUUUUAAUCUCACUCUUCGGUGUCGAGUGCGUGGUUACCCUGUUCCUACGAUCACGUGGUGCAAAGAUGAAAAACAGCUGAACGCUAACGACCGCAUUUCGACGAACCCAGACGGAGAACUUUUUAUAAAGGGGCUCGGAGUGAGUGACAAUGGGAUAUACACAUGCGAGGCCUCAAAUGACUUGGGGAAGGACCAGAAAAAAGUGGUGAUUAAUGUCCAAGAGCCAGUCACUGAAGCUCCAGCCGUACCAGGGUCUAACCUGUUUUAUGCCUUUGCAAACGACGGUGUUUACGUCAUCGAUCCUGAAACGUCAUCCACUGUCAAUCACAUCCCAGCUGAUGACGUCAUAAACGGUACAACGUCGCCCAUUUGCACUAGUGGUCGACAGCAGGCGUGUAACUGGGGUGGGGCGGUAAGUGUCGGUGUCAAAUACAUCUACGCGGCGGAUUUUCUUGGGCGAAGAGUCCUAGUGCUGGAUGUUGUGACGCAAAAAUUUGUUCAAGAAAUAACUACAGAUGACUAUCCCUACCAGCUGAAAUAUGUCAGGUCCCUAGAUGCGGUGUGGACCCUGUGUUGGGAGAACAGUACCCUGGAUGUCCUCACCGAGGAUGAGGACGACAACGGAACAUUGUCGGUGAUAAACGACGCUAGUAAAGUGACUGAACACACGUCAAUCAAGGCACAAAUAAUCGACAGCUACCCACGGCGCGCGCAUGGCUUCUUUGUGGAGGAGAAUUGCGAGUUGACAGACCAGGAAACCAAGUAUGGCUACGUCACUCAUGUUAUGGAACCUGGCCUUCAUGAGGUGGACCUGGCUACCAAGCAGUACUCGAAGUUUUACAAUCUCAGUGAUUACCAGUGCUACGGGACGUUUGACUUGGCUUUGUCCCAGCUGCACAGAUAUGCGUUCGUCCAAUGCUACACCAACGAAGAGCGAGAUACCAAAGCGCAAAUAGUGAUGGAUUUAGAAAAAAGGCAAAUGAUAGCCGUGGAUUCAACGCAUUUUGGCUCACCAUUCGCGUCCCCUGACGGCCGUUUUAUCAUCACAUUGAAUUAUUACGCUAUUUUAACCCGGUACGUCGAUCCAGCAGGCAAGAUUUACCUGUUCCAAGAAAUCGAGUCUAAUCUGUUACUCAGCGACCUCGCUUUCCACCCACGUGACGCAGGCUAUGACGUAUACGUGACGUCAAAGGAUCAAUCGGCAAUAAUAGUGCUGCACGUUGAUCAAAGAGGCAUACACAUCGUUAAGUUUAUUUCCACAGUCGGUAAGCCCUCGUCGGUGAGGGACUGGGUCCACACUCAACGACCUAUGGUGACUGGUUGUGGGUCUAACGUUCGUUACCUAGCAACGCCCGCGACACGCGAGGACGCGGUUGUUAUUAUAGAUGGCGAGAAGCAGGAGAUGCGAGGAAUGGUGGAAGGAAUUAAGGGGGCUCGCACAAUUGUGUGGGUCGGAGGAAGUGAAUAGAAAUAAAACGCAUUUCCUAACCAGUGACGGAAAGCAAAAACACUAUGUUCUUGUCGCGAGAGAAAUUAGCAAAGGAACAGCAAAACGUCUUUAGAAUCUAACGCAUUGUAAGAAUGAAUAUUGGGUCAUUCAAAUGAUCUUUUAUGAAAUCGUUUUUACGUAAACAAUAGCAUUUGUAAAUAUAAGGUAAAUUGAUUUCGUGUUUUUGUUUCCUAUUGAAAAAGGCCUAGUAAGUAUGCUUCAAUUCAAUGAGUUUGAUUUGCUGUACGAUCCAAAUCCAACGAAAACUUUGAAAAUACUUGCAUUUUCUUACAACGGCAUGAUCAGCAAUAAAGAAACGGUGCAUGUUGUGCAGCAAGUGUGAACUGUAAAUUCAAAAGAGCUAGUUCAGCUCCAACAAUGGAACCGAAAUAGUGAGUGGUAGAGAGCUGCAGAGUUAGUGAAAGAUUUUAAAAAAGCUUUGUUGCGAACAUUUACUAAUUACUUACAACUACUGAAUAAUUUCCAAGUUCGUUAUUUGUCUUACAGUAAGACAAAGUUUGUUAUCUGUCUUUACAUACCACCAAUCUUCAACACUAUUUUUUUCUUGUCAGAUUUCGCCAUUGUCGACUUUCCGUUUAACGUUUCCUUAGAGUUGAAAGUAUCAUUUUACAAAAUGCAAAAGAUGACUUGCUAUACCUAAGAGAAUUAGCGAGUUAUCCCCCCCCCCCAAAGGGCUUAUUCUCAAGGUAUUCCCUCAUGACUUAUGUUUACAUGGUAACCAGUUCGACCGCGCGCGGAUGGUGUUACCACGCACAUUGCGUGGAUAUUUUUAUGGAGGAAUAGAAUGCGUGAACACCGCUUGGGCCGUCCACGUGAGAAAAAUCCACUUCUUAGGAUUGGAUUUAUCUAGAGGCUCCUGAGAAUGCGCGAAAACAGGUUGGGGUAAUCUAAUCUAAACUUAAGAGGGAGUUAACUUGAGAACAAGGCCUGUAUGGGGGAUUGAUUCUCUUGAGUCAACACGAUCGCCCUUUAAACGGUUUCUUUGUGAGUAUAUCUUUUAAGGGCAUCGUCUUUGAGAUUAACUCAAGAUUCUAUCAGUUGCACAGUUUGUGUUUUGUGCUGAGGUGGAGAGGGAGGGUCGUCAGUAACUGUGCUGAGAACUAUGACAUUUCCAAUAGUUUAAUGACAGAUAACACAUUGGAAUAACUGUUUAUUUUUGUUAAGACUAAUAGUUAUACUUGUAACUGAUAUUGGAUAAUUCUAUCUACUCUUACUCCUCAUUAAAUUUCAUUGUGUUAAUAAAGUCGAUCUUAAUUACACGA